AGAGAGAUAAUCAGGAUUUAUCCUGAUUUUUUCUUCGUUUAGAGUCGGGUCACAUGGGAUCUCAGAGGAUGAGGCUACAAACGUCGCCCAUGUCUGAAAUGGACGCUACGGAUGAAAUGCACGAGGCGUUGUUCGCGAAGAGAGGGUGUUGUUUCCUUAUGCCCUGCCUUGCCUCAUCCCAGCCGUCCUCUCGUGGCAGAUCUGUGUGGUGGCGACGGAUCAGGACAACAGGCGACAAGCUCGAGCCUGGGGAGCGUUGGUGGAUUAGAGGGUGGAGGAAGACGAGGCAGUGGUCGGAGGUCGUAGCUGGCCCUAGAUGGAAGACAUUUAUCCGCAGAUUCGGACGUAACCACUGCUGCGGCGGAUGUGCUGGAAACAGUGAUGGAGCAAUCACUCCUAACCGGUCAGAACAGGGUAAAUUCCGGUACGAUCCAUUGAGCUACUCUUUAAAUUUCGACGAUGGAAAGCAAACGGGACACUUUGAAGACGAGUUUCCAUACCGGUAUUACUCGAAGAGAUUCGCUGCGCCUUCAUUGCCGGUCUCCACUAAGUGCCCCAUGGAUUUCGAUACCAACAGAGAGGCACAGGCGCUUCAUAAGUGAAAAAUCACGGGGCUGCAUUGUGUGUGGAAUAAAAGAGUUAGAUUUGUUCGUGUUUCUUUUCUUAAAAGUUAAAAAUAUUGUUUGUGUAGUUCAUGUGCAAUGCCUUUUUCCUCUAAACAAAAAAAAAAAUAUGACAACUCGUCAGUUGUAGAAUAGUGAUAGUUGACACACGAAGUGUUUGAUGCAUGUGGGUACUGUAUAUAUAUGUUAAACCGAAUUCGGAUAAUGGACGUGCUGAUUAUGAAUAUG